UCAUAUGUGAUGUACUGUGUUUGGGAGAGUCAGACAUCUGCAGAAACCAAAGAAAGAUGAAGCUCCAACACUCUCUUCUCUACCUGUGUGUUGUUAUUUCUUCUGCCUUGUCCCAGAAUGAAGAGUCACCGGGUCUGGGCCCCAGAGGUGCCCGCCCCAUAGAGCAUGGUUACAAGGCUGAUAAAUGUGCCACAGAAAAAGAAUGGCCCAUCUGCACGGAUGAAGACUGGGGUAGAAAAUGUCCAUCCGGUUGCAGAAUUCAAGGCCUCCUUGAUACAACUGACCAUGAGCUUCUCAGUAAAAUUCAGAAGAUUCGCAAGUUACUUGAUGAGGGAAAAAAGAUGCAUCGAUCUGCUGAUCAGGUGUCCAAAGAAACCUACAACUAUUUACGAGAACGGCUUGUCUCCGGUUCAGAUAACGACAACAGGUUUGCUGACUUGGCCGAACAGCUGAGGCAGAGGAUUGUUGAGAUGAAGAUUAAAAUUGACCGUCAGCUCAAGGUGCUGGAAGCUUUGAAAUCUCAGGUGAAAAAACAGGUCAUCGCCAUGCAGCGCUUAGAGGUUGAUAUUGACAUCAAGCUGCGCAGCUGCAAAGGCUCUUGUGCAAGCUACGCUGAAUUCUCUGUGGACAAGGAGAGCUAUGUGGCACUAGACAAGCAGCUGGAUCGCCUGGAUACCAUGCAGGUUCAAAGCGUGGAGACCGUCAGUUCACUGAGGGUCAUGAAGAGCAGGCCAAUGAAAGAUGUAGUCGUACCCAGCAUCUAUAAGUCUGGAAUGACCGGAACAGAUCGAGCUGAGCAGAAGAAACCCUUGUUCACUGAUGUAGGACAGAUUCAGCUCUCCCUGGAAGCGGAGGGGUCCACUGCAAAAACACCCCUUAUCGUCAGCAAGGUCCCUACAGGUACGGGCCCAAUUGCACCCUCCACUUCAGGUGUCAGCUGUACCAAGACGGUGCGCAAGGUGGUGACCCACACCAAAGAUGGUCUUCAGGAGAAGUAUGAAACCGUGAACAGUGGAGGACCCGGGUGCGACAACCUCCAAAAACUAGGCCUUUCUGAAAGAGAUAUUGUGAGCUUUGCCAAGGACGGCAAAGACUUGACCGGUGAUAGCUUCACUGUAAAAGUGAGUGGUGGAGAUUCAAAGUCCAUUACUACAUUUAGUCGUGGUGAUGCAGAUCUGGGAGAUUUUGGAGGAGAUUUCUUUAAGCAACUAGGAACUGGGGGCUCAUCCUCCUCUUCCACGUUCUCUUCCUCCUCCUCCUCCUCCUCCAAAACCAUCUUGACUGGUGGAAGCAAAGGUUUUGUCUCAAACACUAAGACCGUCCUGUCCACAUCCUCGCCUUUUGGGGAUGAUCUUGGCGCGUUCUUGAAUGCUGAUGUGGAAGAUGAUCUUCCUGACAUCCAUGCGCGGAGUCUGAAGUCCCGUGAUGAGCGCAAGGAUGGUUUUGUUGGCGGAGAUUGCGUUGAUAUCCUGCAGAACCAUGCCACGGGUGGUCAGAGCGGCCUGUUCAAAGUAAAGCCAGCUGGGUCGGAGGAAGUAGUGGAGGUUUACUGUGACCAGACCACAGGUCUGGGGGGCUGGGCUCUGAUCCAGCAGAGGGAGGAUGGGUCAGUUAACUUCAAUCGCACAUGGGAGGAGUACCGGGUUGGCUUUGGCAAGGUAGAUAAGCGAGGGAAGGGUGAGGUGUGGAUUGGAAACCAUAUCCUGCAUCUCCUCACUCAGACAGAAAGUCUACUGAGAGUGGAGCUGCAGGACUGGCAAGGGAAGGAAGUUUAUGCUGAAUACAAUGUCAAAGUAGGCUCAGAAGCAGAGGGUUUCCUACUGAGCGUAUCUUCUUACACUGGAGAUGCAGGGGAUGCACUUGUGCAGGGACAUGCUAAUAUGGGUUCUUUCCUCUCACAUGCUGGUAUGAAGUUUAGUACCUUCGACAAGGACAAUGAUAAGUGGGAGGAGAACUGUGCAGAUACAUAUGGAGGGGGCUGGUGGUACAACAACUGUCAGUCAGCAAACCUUAAUGGGAUAUACUAUAAAGGAGGGCGGUAUGACCCUGGUAGUAACGUUCCUUAUGAAAUAGAGAAUGGCAUUGUGUGGCUGCCCUUUAAACCAGAUGAUUAUUCCCUUAAAGUGGUUAGAAUGAAGGUUAGACCGCUCUGAACUCCUUCAGAAAUAAAAGCCAAUUGUGAAAUCUGAACAAAAGAAAAGGAAACAGGGAAAGAAAAGCUGUUGUUGCGGAGUAUGGAUUUUUUUUAACUUCAGGCAUAAUUUUUGUAAAAUGUCACACAACCAAAUGACCUCAUGUUUUCAAUAAAAUGUGUUCACUUAAA